AUCCCAGCUCACAGCGGCGGCCAACGCGACCUUUUGGGUCGCCUGUCGUCCAGGUUGAACAUGAUCACUCACUUCACGUUGCAUGAUGUCGCUCCAUGCUAUGUACCCUACUCUGCGACACCUUUCCAUAUUCAACUUUUUGCCUUGGCGCCAUCUGCGCAGCGUAGCCACACAGCAUCUGCGCUUCACGGUGUGAACUUCUCAGCCGACAAUCUGCUGCUGCGCUUUGCAAGGCUAAGGGUACAAGACCGUACAAUAAGAGUCUAUUCUCUUGUCUUCUACUGUCGCCUGCUCUGCGCUCGGAAAUCUCUGCAACUUGCAAGUGGCCCUGUUGACCGGGGUUAUCGGAGGACUAUACCAGAAUUCUUGAAGCGUGACGGAUAACGACCUCUCACGAUGCCUUACGUCCCUGAGAAUGCGUUCGCGAAUCAUACGCUCUACUUGCUUGCGCGCGAUGCGAAAAGCGACUUGACGCCCAACGCUACGCAACGGACGACGCUGAUCGUUGCUGCGUGCUAUAUAAUUGCGAUCGCGAUCCUAUGGCAUCUGCCAUAUUUGAAUGUUAUCAUCUAUCCGUUCAAGCUACUAACUGUUGGGUUCCAUGAGAUGAGCCAUGCCUUCGUGGGCGUGCUUACGUGCGCUCAUAUACAUUCAAUUGAGCUCGAUCCGGAUGAAGGCGGCGCAACACGCAUGUCCGGAGGGAUACCCUGGCUGACCCUCCCUGCGGGGUACCUCGGCUCGUCCUUCAUUGGCGCAGCCCUUAUCGCAUGCGGGUUCGACACGGAUGCGAGCAAAGUCGCAUCGAUAGUUCUCGCUGCAUUCUUCCUCUUCACACUCUGGUGGGCGCGGAGAGAUUGGUUAACGUGGGUCCUUAUUCUGGGGAUGUCCGGCCUUGUCAUCAUGUUCUGGUUUGUGGAUAAUGCCACCGCACUGCGGUAUUUCAUACUAUUCAUAGGCGUCAUGUCCUGCUUAUAUGUCCUGUGGGACAUCGUAGACGAUACAAUUUCACGAAAAGUGAACGGAUCCGAUGCUUCGUCGUUCGCUGAUAUCUGUGGCUGCUGCCCCUCCCAAGUGUGGGGCGUCGUCUGGCUCUUCGUAGCCUUUGCUUUCUUCGCCGCUGGUAUCAUUGUUGGCAUUGCGGCGUUCAAAGAAACUGCAGCUGAGCAGGCGGAAGCGUCAGAUCAUUUUCUCCCUACGGGCACGUCCAACGCAGCGCUCGGGUCCUCCGUGUCAUCGCUCGUAUUAGUGAUGUCCGUUUUGUCGACCUGGCUCCUUCUAUAAUGCCUCCGAAUGGCGUUGAUAUAUCAAUCACCAUCUCUCGGACGUUGAUUUCUCGGGUGAUGCAACGUUCGCGACGAAUUGGUGAUGGUCACUCACGAGGGAACAGUGUAUCGCCUCAUGUACGUUUCGUGUUAUUUAUAUGGCCGUUAUAUAUACCAAGUAUUGUACAGCUGCAGUGCUCGUCUUAUGAUGUUUUGUCUUUUUCGAUGACAG